UCCAGAGGAGUUCUCAGGCAGCUUCAAUGGAAGGAGGGAGCCAAGAAAGAGGCCUGGCAUAAAUCCAAAAAUGAUAAUUACAACAUGGAUUGUGUACAUUCUUGCCCGGAAAGGUGCAAGGUUCCCCUUUCCACCAAAAAUCAGUUCGGACAUUGAAGUUGUAGAAAGUGAGGCUGUAUCUGUAGUACAGCACUGGCUGAAAAAAACUGAAGAAGAGGCUUCCCAGGACAUAAAGGAGAAGAUGUCCACCAACUGCCCUCCCACACAUGGCCAAGAUGUACACGUGACCAGAGAUGUGGUGAAGCACCAUCUAUCAAAAUCUGAUUUGUUGGCAAACCAGAGUCAAGAGGUCCUGGAGGAAAGAACAAGAAUCCAGUUCAUAAGAUGGAGCCAUACCCGUAUCUUCCAAGUGCCAAGUGAGGUGAGGGAGGAUGUUAUGCAAGAACGAAUAGAGCAGGUGAGACGAAGCCUAUACAACCUUACGGAUGAAUCAUCUCAGGAGAUUCACAACAGAACUUCCUAUGCAGACUGCUGAGAGCUACAGGUUCAUAUCCUUUAGCGUCAAGGAAUAGCCUAUGUCAGAAGAACGUUUAUCACCCCUUGACCUGAGGAGCGACCACACCCUGAACAGAUAGAAUCUGGCGGGUGAGCUUUUCUUUGUGACAAUUGCAGCACUGGAAUCUUCCUGCUGAACUGCUAAUAAAGAGACAUGGUAUUUAAUCACUG